AUGGGUAUUAUGGAUAAAGUCAAAGAUGUCAUGCCCGGUUCUCAAUCCGGCAGCGGAGGUCAACAAUCCGAAUAUUCCAAACCAGGUAACGACGACUACAACAACCCAUCAUACAACCAAGGAAUGAUGGGUGAUAACUCUCAAAACGAACGGGGAACCUCAUUCGAAUCUUCAAGAGGAUCCGAUCUAGGUAUGGGUUCUCCUAACGAUACCUUCACAGGUGCCGAUGGGACUGGAGCUGGAAACACUGGAAGGUUUGCGGAGCAAGGUUCAGGAACUGGAAUGGGUAUGACUGGAUAUGGAAAUACUCGAGACGAUGAGUCUGGUGAGAAUAUGGGAAUGGGAAUGGGCGGUAGAACCGGUCAAUCUGGAUAUGGAGAUGAUAUGGACCGAUCUGGAGGUAGAAUGGGAAUGGGCGGUACAGGUACAAGCUCAGGUAUGGGCAUGGGAAUGGGUAGAGAUGAUGAUAAUCUCAAUACCAUGUCAGGUAGGGGAGAUAUGACUGGCGACGAUUUUAACACCUCUUCUACUGGAGGUACUCAAAACCUCAGAGGAACCGGAGGUGGCGGCGGUAUGGGUAUGGGACAAACCCAAGGAUACGGUCAAAGUCAAUCUGACUACUAG